UUAUUGUGCAAGAUGAACGAUGAACGUUAUCAUUAUGGCCAGGACUAUUUACGACAAAAAUCAACAAUAAAAAUGAAGAGAUCUGUAGAGACAGAUAUAAUUUAUCCAGAUUCUACGAUCGUACUCAAUCCCAAUCUCCUUUUUUUUUAUCAUGAAUUAUCCUGGACCUAAAUUAUAAUAGUGUUUAUGUUAAUAGUGAUAAUUUAUAGUGAUAAAUGGCUAAUGUUGUUAUACUAGGUUAUUCACCACUUUGUUCCCAGAUAAGUAAAUGAUCGCAUCUCGUAUGCACAGUCACUAUCAGGAAACUGCUCGGCUUUUUGACGGGAGGAUGUCGAGAAUAACAGUAGAGGGAGAAGAUCGAGAGGAAGUUGCACUCUUAAAAAACAGAAUAUAUGACUGAUGUGAUGUGAGAGGAACUCUGAAACAACAAGCAAGACUUCAGCAAAGGUCAAAUGGAGCAGGCUUUUCUUUUGGUUUUACAUGUAGUCUUAUGGCCAACUCUUGCAGCCUUGUUCACAGUGGAGGUGGACAGUCUCUCACACGUGGCAGAGUUCCACGGUGAUGUCACCAUGGGCUGCAGGUUCCAACCUGGGGGCUGGGACCCCAACCUGUCAGUGGUAUGGCAACGGGUCCAGCCUCUUCCAGAUGUAGAGGUGUACAGGAUGGAUAACGGACAGGAGGACCUCACUUCUCAGAAUCUCCAGUACCGCGGCAGGGCACGGUUGGUGUCGGAGGAGCUGACCAAUGGCUGGGCCAAGCUACAUGUGUCCAGUCUGAGGAUCAACGACUCUGGGGUGUACCGAUGUCUUGUGGAAUUGGGGGGAGCUGAUUAUAAACAGACCACUUUGACUGUCAAAGCUACCUAUAAGACUAUCAUUAAAAGCAUGCAGAGACGUGGGGGAGAUGAGGUGCAGCUGGCCUGUGAGUCUGAGGGCUAUCCUCUUGCCACAAUCAACUGGAGAGACAAGAGUCUCAGGAACAUCAAAUCCAACGACACCGUUGUGAAAACUCCAGACCAGCUUUUCCAUGUCACCAGCAAGAUAACGGUUAAAUACUCUGAGAAAAACAACUAUACAUGUGCCUUGGUGGAGAAAGGUGAAGCUACAAAGGGUCCAUCAGCCAGGUUUGACAUCCCAGAUGAAAUACCUGUGAUUGAGAGUAAACCUAACACCCUUUCUAUUGUAUUGGGCACGACAUUGACUGUGGCUAUGAUCAUUGCAGCUACCAUCUUCGGGUAUCGCAGACAGAAAGGGAGGCUCAGGAUCCUCAAGCUCUAACACCCUCCUGGGCUCAACAGAGACGUGACCUCUGACCUGCCUGGACCCCUUUUGGCAGCUCCAACUGAUCCUGGUGAUAGACUGUUUGUGACUGUCAGUGACCUGUACCAGGAGGCAACAGAGAAAGAGACUCCUCACUGAGACUGUAAACUGCCAGGAGAAGACUGAGAACACAAAAGACUUUGGCCAACAUUGCUAAUUUUCUCAUUGAUUAAACAUUUGAUCUCCAUACAGUUUUUCUCCAUACAAAACUAUAAUCUGUAAAAAACAGAGUGGAUUUCAUUUUAUAGACUUGAACUUUUGCCAAUUAUUAUUUUUUUAAAUGGCAUUUAGGAGUGCAAGGGGGAAUUGAGCACUUCACAGAGUAGGUGUUCCCUAAUGGAAAUAUGUAAAUAGGAUCUCACUAGCUCGCUCUUGGCACUGCUAACCUCCUUGCUUGUUCUGCCCACUAUGAUUAAUUUGCUCCCAUUGGAAUGACAGGCUGUGGUCAAUCUUGGGUUAGUAAUAAACAUCUUUGUCUAGGCCUUCUCA